AUGGAGCUUGAAGAACAGAAAAUUUUUUUCCAUGGAACAUUAGAGAUUACAAUCUUUGAUGCAAUACCCUUUUCUCCUUCAUUUACUUUCAAUUGUAUAUAUACAAAGCCAAGAUCAGCUUACGUGACUAUCAAGAUAAACAAGAAGAAGGUUGCUAAAACAAGCUCAGAACAAGAUCGUAUUUGGAACCAGACAUUUCAGAUCCUCUGCGCGCAUCCGGUUUCCGACACGACGGUUACCAUCACGUUAAAGACUCACUGUUCUGUUCUCGGAAGAUUCCGGGUCUCGGCGGAACAGAUUCUGACUUCUGAUCCAGCAGUUAUCAAUGGUUUCUUCCCUUUGGUUGCAGAAAAUGGUUCAACGAAACCUAACUUGAAGCUCAAGUUUAUGAUGUGGUUCAGACCGGCUUAUUUAGAACCGGGAUGGUGCAAAACGCUUGAAGGAGAGUCUUUUCAAGGUAUUAGGAACGCGAACUUCCCUCAGAGAUCGAAUUGUAGAGUCGUACUGUAUCAAGAUGCGCACCACAAGGCGACUUUUGAUCCUAGGGCUCGUGAUGUUUCUUAUAACGCAAGAAAUCUAUGGGAAGAUGUUUACAAAGCGAUUGAAAGCGCUAGGCAUUUGGUUUACAUCGCAGGAUGGGCACUAAACCCUAAUCUUGUUCUCGUACGCGACGAUGAAACUGAGAUCCCACACGCAGUUGGAGUGACGAUCGGUGAGCUUUUGAAACGGAAAGGAGAGGAAGGCGUAGCGGUGAGAGUAAUGUUGUGGAACGAUGAGACGUCAUUACCGAUGAUCAAGAACAAAGGUCUAAUGCGAACAAAUGACGAAACAGCUCUUGCGUAUUUCAAAGACACAAAUGUUGUCUGUAGAUUGUGUCCAAGAUCGCACAGGAAGCUCCCUACGGCGUUCGCACACCACCAAAAGACAAUCACAGUGGACACGCGUGUAGCAAACACGAACACUAAGGAACGAGAAAUCAUGAGCUUUCUCGGCGGUUUCGAUCUUUGCGAUGGCCGAUAUGACACGGAGGAGCAUUCUCUAUUCGGUACAAUAAAGACGGCGGAUGAUUUUUAUCAGACGAGUGUCGCCGGAGCUAAGCUGAGCAAAGGUGGACCUAGAGAGCCAUGGCACGAUUGUCACGUGUGUGUGGUCGGGGCAGUGGCAUGGGAUGUUUUGAAGAACUUUGAACAGAGAUGGACGAAACAGUGUAAUCCUUCAGUGUUGGUUAACACUUCAGGGAUUAGAAACUUGGUGAAUCGAACCGGACCAACGGAGGAACCUGAUCGGAAAUGGAAUGUUCAAGUUCUGAGAUCGAUAGAUCAUGUGUCAGCCACAGAGAUGCCGAGAGGUUUACCGGUCGAGAAGAGCGUACAUGACAGCUACGUCGCAGCGAUUAGAAAGGCUGAUAGGUUUAUAUAUAUUGAAAAUCAGUAUUUCAUGGGAAGCUGUGAACAUUGGGAGAACAAGAACGACAAAAUCUGCAGCGGAUGCACAAACUUGAUACCUGUCGAAAUAGCGUUAAAGAUUGCUGCUAAGAUACGCGAAAAGCAGAGAUUUGCGGUGUAUAUAGUGAUACCGAUGUGGCCAGAAGGGCCACCGGAAAGCGAAACGGUUGAAGAGAUGCUUCAUUGGACGAGAGAAACGAUGUCGAUGAUGUAUCGGAUCAUCGGAGAGGCGAUAUGGGAAACCGGAGAAGGAUCACAUCCUAGGGAUUAUCUAAACUUCUUCUGUCUAGCAAACAGAGAAGAAAAGAAAAACGGAGAGUUUGAAGCGGGUUCAUCGCCGCAUCCGAAAACUCAAUACUGGAACGCGCAAAAGAACCGGAGAUUUAUGGUCUAUGUCCACUCCAAGCUUAUGAUAGUGGACGACGCUUACAUUUUGAUAGGAUCAGCCAAUAUAAACCAGAGAUCAAUGGAUGGUUCUCGCGACACCGAGAUUGCAAUAGGUUGCUACCAGACCGAUACAACCAACACCAAUGAAAUCCAAGCAUACAGGUUAUCGCUCUGGUACGAGCAUAGCGGAGGCCAGAUCACGGCGAAUGAGUUAUCAUCAUUGGAGCCAGAGAGUUUGGAAUGCGUCCGAGGGUUGCGGACAAUUGGAGAGAGGAUGUGGGAGAUUUACAGCAGAGACAAGGUUGUGGACAUGAACGGUGUCCAUUUGGUCGUGUACCCAAUUAGUGUGACGAGAGAUGGUGCGGUUGAGGAAGUCGGUGAUGGAGUUUUUCCUGAUACCAAGACGUUGGUGAAAGGAAAGAGGUCCAAGAUGUUGCCUCCUGUUCUAACCACCUGA